AUGCUGGCAGGACAGAGCAGCAGGCUGCCGCAGUACUUGGUGGUGGUGGCUGUGACCUGGGGCGCCAGCAUCUUCCACUCGCCGACCCAGGGUCUGCAAAGGAUCGCGCUGAGGAGGAUGCCCUCCAUCCGCCAGAUGCUGCAGGAGAUGGGCGUGAAGGUGGCGGACGUCUUCCCCGAGCUGAGGCAGAGCCACCACCGCGGGGCGGCCGGCCCGCGAAACGGCACGGCUCCCACCGUCCUCACCAACUACCUGGACACCCAGUACUUCGGCGAGAUCAGCAUUGGCACCCCAGCGCAGACCUUCAAGGUGGUCUUCGAUACGGGCUCGGCCAACCUGUGGGUGCCGUCCCACAAGUGCUCACCCCUGUACAGCGCCUGCGUUUCCCACAGCCGCUACGACUCUUCCAAAUCGUGCACAUACGUAGCGAACGGCACGGCGUUCGCGAUCCGCUAUGGGACGGGGAGCGUCAAAGGUUUCCUCAGCCAGGACAUCGUCAUGGUAUCGGAUAUCCCCAUCAUCCAGGUCUUCGCUGAGGCCACGGUGCUGCCUGCCUUCCCCUUCAUCUUCGCCAGGUUUGACGGGGUGCUGGGCAUGGGCUACCCCAGCCAGGCCAUCGACGGCAUCACCCCUGUCUUCGACCGGAUCCUCUCCCAGCAGAUCCUCAAGGAGGAUGUGUUUUCCGUCUACUACAGCCGAGCUUCCAAGAACUCCCCUCUGAAACUCGGCGGGGAAAUAAUCCUCGGAGGAAGCGACCCAGCCUACUACACCGGGGACUUCCACUACCUGAGCGUCAGCAAGAGCGGAUACUGGCAGAUCAGCAUGAAGGGGGUGUCCGUAGGGGCCGAAAUCUUAUUCUGCAAAGAAGGCUGCUCAGUGGCUAUCGACACGGGAGCGUCCUACAUCACCGGCCCGGCCGGCCCCGUGUCCGUGCUGAUGAAAGCCAUCGGGGCGGCCGAAAUGGCCGAGGGAGAGUUCGUUGUCGACUGUGACAAAGUCCCGCAGCUGCCCAACAUCUCCUUCCACCUGGGGGGGAAGGCCUACGGGCUCAGCGGCUCAGCCUACGUCCUCCGGCAGUCCCAGUACGGGGAGGACAUCUGCGUCGUGGCCUUCGCGGGCCUGGACAUCCCGCCCCCGGCCGGCCCUCUCUGGAUCCUGGGAGCCAGCUUCAUCGGGCACUACUACACCAAGUUCGACCGGCGCAACAACCGCAUCGGCUUUGCCACGGCCCUCUGA